CUGGCGCACUCGUGGCACGCCUGAGAUGUCGUCGUGCUUCUCACUCGGAAGCGAGCAGACUUUGACGAGGCUGAUAGAUAUUUAGCGCUCCUCACGGAACUCAUGGGACAUUCCAACAUGUUUCAUCGCCGUCGAUCUCAGUCAGUGCCAGCUGUCGAUACUGUCGCUAAACGGAUGCAGUCUCGAAAAGAACCAGCUUUCCAAUUCUCGGUACCUUGUCCCCAGUCACAAGUGAUCGAUGGGGAAGUCGUCCACGCUCCUUACGGGUAUCUCACAUACACGAAGAACGACAAAGGCAGUAUAUGCCCGCGCUGCGUGAAAUGGUCGCUCACGGCCAGACGAAGCUCCAGGAUACCAUUGGACUCCAAGUAUGGCAACGAUAAUGUUCGACUCGCAGAGAAAUGGGGGUUUCCAGGACAAAUGAUUGAUUCUGACUGUCCACUUUGCAGACUAUUUGCCAUGCAUGCAGCUGACUACCAAUUCGUCAAUGGUCCAAUGCAAGCUCGCCAUUAUGAUCUACGUGAGCUCAUCAUCAAACUAAAGCAGCCCCGGUUGUUCGGCACCGGCUUCACUGCCUCGGAGGCAAAAUUCUGGUAUCUCGAUCCAACGUCGGCCCCUCGUGCAGGCUUCUCUCAGAUGGCUGGUGAAGGAUCGUGCAUCGGCUUAGCAGACACCUCUGAUCCAAGAGCACACGACUACUUGUCACCUGUCCUCAUCGAUUGCGAUGCUGUCGACUAUCCUACCAUCCAGUCAUGGCUCUCAGCUUGCAACAAUCACCAUCACGGAGACUGCGAUUCGACACCUGAGGAGUCCCUACCGAGCCUUCACUUGAUCGACUGCAUGUCAAUGCCACAUCGAUUGGUCAAUGCCCAGCCACAUCACACGUACGCUGCCUUGAGCUAUGUAUGGGGCCGUGACAGCGUCGGAGACCAAUUAUCCGGGGAUACCCUUAUAUGGCGAUUGCUACCUCAGACCAUUCGUGAUGCCAUGACGGUCGUAAGAAGACUCGGGAUGCGUUACCUUUGGGUUGACAGAUAUUGUAUCCCUGCCGCAGCCAUGAAAGAGCAGAUCAGCAAAAUGGAUGUGAUCUACGCCGGGGCCGAACUUGUCAUUGUUGCCGCUGCUGGCGCCGAUAUAGAAUACGGCCUGCCUGGUGUAGGGCCGAGGAAGCGUACGCAACAGCCCUAUGCGUUGGUGGGAAAGGACUUGUUCGUAUCAACUCUCUCCGAUCUCAGCUCCAUGCUACACGUCAUUACAUGGUGGCAGCGAGCGUGGUGCUUCCAGGAAGCCUUGCUAUCUCGCCGGCGUCUUAUUUUCACUGACGAAAAGAUCUACUUCCUGUGCCGCAGAAUGCUGUGCAUCGAGACUCUGAGCUUACCCUUUCAGGAUUCACACCAAAGGCCGCAUACGUCUCGUACGGGGUCUUCCACCGAUUUCUACAAUUGGCUCACAACAAGUGGCUCUGCCAGCAAGGACCCAGACCACAUCCAUGGUAUACUCGUUGCAUAUGCGCAGAAACAUAUGAGCUUUGAGUCAGAUGGUCUCAAUGCCAUUGUUGGUGUGUUGCGUGCCUUCUCACAGCGAAACCCCGGCGAGUUUCAUAGUUACGCUGGCCUUCCAAUUAUUGGGUAUCCCUCGUCCAAAGCCUUUCUCUCAGCGCUCUUAUGGUCCGAACACAUACCGGGAAGGAGAAGAGCCGGUGAUUUUCCGAGCUGGUCAUGGGUGGGCUGGACCGGAGGAUUUCGCUACAACUCCAUCUCCAGAGACGUUGACGACAUCGAGGUGCGUCUUGUCGAUCGAGAUGGAAGUACGACAAAGUGGGAGGACCUUGUGGUUUCCGGGAGGCUGAAAGAAAGCGCAUUCCCAUUAUCGCAGUACAUCCGUCUCUACGCACUGACCGCCAUGAUCCAAGUCAGCCAUCUAGCCACAAGUCGAAUCCAGAAUGGCGGAGCGUAUGUCGUGCCAGUGCAACGGUUUGAUCACGGCAGAGUACGAUAUGCACAAGUUUCGCUGGGCUACAGUACCUCUUCGGGCGGGAAACUGAAUCCAGACCUGCAUGAAGAGCUUGUUCGUAAACCGUCGAAAUGUGUCUUUCUUAUAUCUCCGGAUGACGAACGGAAAUUAUACGGUAUAGCUCUACUGCUGCGCGCCGUUGGCACCCACCUUGAACGGAUCGGGAGCUUUCAGUUGGAUUACAUUGGCGACGUGUACGACGCUGACGGGAAUUAUGACAGCUUUCUGAUGAGUACUGACGAAAGAGCCACAAUCGAGGGAUUCGACUUUCAAAAGGAGUGGACCUCUCUUGGAUGAGCAGGAGCAGCACUUUAUCAUGGAGUCAGAAGCAAUGAUAUCUCCCUGAAAGCUAGUCGCCGAGAGGCGAAACACAGGCAAACGCCCGAGUCCGAGAAGGGUUGAGGGAAGUCGAUGCAGCACGGCUGGAAGGUUAUCG